UCUAACGAUUUGUGUUUUUUUCCAGGUGCAGGCGCUAGCAGAGGACGAGAUGGACCAGAUGAUUGCCAAGAUGCUGCACGAGGACUCGCAGGCGGUGCUGCUGCUGGCUGACAUGGAUUAACAGAUGGACGAGCUGCAGACGGACUAGCUUGACAAGAUGCUGGACGACGUAGAUGAGACGAUGCAUACGACGUUGGACAAGGAGCUGCUGUUUGCUGUAGUGGCGACUGGCGAGGUGGUGCAGACGGUUGCUGGUGGACUUCAGUUCAGCCUUAUAAAAUGCACAGCCCCUAUAGGUGGCUCUAUGGCCAUCUCCGCAGUUGCCACACUUUGGAGAUUGGCCAUCAGGAGAGGCGCAUUUGUCGGAUUUGUGCUGGCCAGCACAGACGGAGCAGAGCGGGGGAAGGCAGCAGUACCUGGCUGUAUGGCCAAAGAGGAGGCAGUUUUUGCAUUGGGAAUCUCCCUUCGGCCCUUUGCCUCUCGACGCGUACCUCCUGGCUGCCUAGGACCUUAA